AUGCCUCCUCCCCCUCCUCCCCCUCCUCCGCCGCCGCCCGGAGGCCUAGGUGGCCCUCCCCCACCACCACCACCUGCAGCUAGUUUACCUAGCAGACCGGGAAAAUCAGAAGUCAAAGAUCGUGGCGCUUUGUUAUCUGAUAUCCACAAAGGCGCUCGGCUGAAGAAAGCUGUUACCAAUGACAGAUCCGCGCCUGUAGUUGGAAAGACCGGAGGUGGUUCGGCUGCACCACCUAUGGGAGCAGCACCUCCAGUUCCCGGCCUACGACCACCCCCCGGUGGACUGGCACCCCCAAUCCCGUCAGGACCGGCUGCCAACCGACUACGGAGCAAUAGCGAGGGGGUAUCUAGCUCAGAUGAUGCAUCUAGUAGUCCAGCAGCACAAUUAGGCGGACUUUUUGCGGGUGGUAUGCCAAAAUUACGGAGUCGUGGUGGUGGUAUCAACACAGGCGCCAACAAACAAGACUCUUCAUACAUAUCAGAGUCUGAAAACUCGCGUCCAGCGCCUGCUGCACCACCUCCCAAGCCCCCAGGUGCUCCUCGACUACCUGGAGGCCGACCACCUCUACCACCUCCAACAGCAGAGUCGCCAUCUGCGCCCGCGGUUAACCCGUUAGUUGCGAGCUUGAAAAAGGUACCUCCACGACCCGGUUCCAGACCAUCAUCUACUUUCUCUGCUUCUGAAAGCCCUCCGCGCGCGCCUCCUCCGCCCCCUGGGGCAAACAAGCCCCCUCCACCACCUCCAGUAUCUCGAAAGCCAUCUGCACCACCUCCGCCACCUCCUUCGGCAAGCCCGGCGGCUCCACCCCCUCCACCUCCAUCAGCUCCUCCAACAACUUCUCGAGCUCCACCUCCUCCUCCAGCUGCUCCCGGAAGACCUGCACCUCCACCUGCACCACCUGGCGCCCCACCAUCAAUCGCAGCCCAAGCUGCCCGCACCGCACUAGGUAACCACACCACCAACACGCCAUUAGCACCACCACCUCCGCCGCCAAAUGCAGCUCCCGCAGCUCCUCCUCCACCUCCGCCAGUCUCUCCUCCUAGUGCACCACCCUCUCGUCCAUCACCUGUUCCCUCUCGCCCUGCUUCACAUGAACCUCCUACACCAUUGAAUCCCAGUGCGUAUACGCUCACGACCAACGGUCGCUCCUCAUCCCCUGCACCUUCGUCACAGGGUCUAUCACACGGUCUAUCUAGAAAUGUUUCGAUCAAGAUAGAAGACCCGCGUUUCAAAUUCCCAAGCGAUGCUAUGCUUCCCAGACCGCGGGACUUUAGAAGAGACCUUGGCGCACAGCCGAUCAGAUACCGUGCUGGGAAGGUGAGCAGUUUGCCGUUGGAUCUAAACAGUUUGCGUCGUUGA